AUGGAGACAGAUUCGGGAUUAAAAAAAAAUGAAGUUCCAAUUAAUGUCAACAAUAAGAAGACAGGGACCAAAGGAAGGGCAUCAAUCCCCUUUGAUGAAAACAAAUUAAAAUCAAUUGAAAAAGUGAAGAAGACAACUUUAAGAUCACUGUCAAGGGCCAUGGGAGUUAGCCACACCACAGUAUGCAGAUGGAAAAAAAAAGAUGAGCAAACAAGCAACUUCACAUUUAAUGAAAUGUCAAAUGUAGUCCACAUUGAUGAAAAGUUGUUUUAUAUUACAAGGACACAACAAACAUUUUAUCUAACUCAAGAUGAAAUAGAGCCACAUAGAGAAAUCCAAUCUAAAAGAUUUAUCCCCAAGAUCAUGUUUAUGUGUGUCGUUGCAAGACCAAUCUUUUCUAGUGAAGGUGAGAUGAUUUUUGAUGGAAAGAUAGGCAUUUUUCCUUUCACACAUGAAGUGGCAGCACAAAGGACAAUUAGAAUUAAAUGGCCACCACAUUUAAGCAAAACAAUUUUCAUUCAACAGGACAAUGCUAAACCACAUAUUUUAGAUGAUGAUGAGGUGUUUAGAGAGGUGGCAACACUUGAUGGAUUUAACUUCCACUUAGUGCAACAACCUCCUAACUCACCGGAUAUGAAUGUGCUUGACUUAGGGUUCUUUAGGUCAAUACAAUCUUUACAGCAUCAAAAAUCAGCAUACAACUAUGCACAAUUAGUUAACGCAGUGACUACAGCAUUUGACAAUCUGACACCAAAUGCACUGAAGAAUGUAUGGAUCACACUACAAGCAUGUAAAAUUGAGGUUAUUAAGAAACUAGGUGGUAUGGAUUAUGACAUUCCACACAUGAGCAAGCAAAACUUGAAAGGGAAGGGAGAUUCCCACAUUGUUUGGGGGUACAGCAGGAAACAAUUUACGAGGCACUAA